AUGAAAAUACCUGAAUCAAAGACAGGACAAAUUUUAAUGAUAAAAGAAAAACCUGUCCCUACUAACCCUAAGGAAGUAGAGGAUGCAGUAAUUCCCUCUGUAUGGGAAACAGAUAUACCGGGAAAAUCUAAACUGGCACAACCAAUACAUGUGGAAUUAAAAGAUGAGGUAAAGCCUGUGCGGGUCAAACAGUAUCCUAUAAAACCAGGAGCACGGCAAGGAAUAGUAAAGACCAUUGAUAAAUUUUUGAAGUACCAAAUUUUAGAAGAAUGUGAAUCAGAAUUUAAUACACCAAUAUUCCCAGUGAAGAAACCAAAUGAUGAGUACAGACUAGUACAGGAUUUAAGAGCAAUAAAUGAAAUAACUAAAGAUAUUUACCCAGUAGUAGCUAACCCUUACACGUUGUUGACAUCCGUGAAAGAGAAAUAUAGAUGGUUUACUGUAAUUGAUUUAAAAGAUGCCUUUUUCUGCAUACCUCUUGACAAAGAAAGUAGUAAACUGUUUGCCUUUGAAUGGGAAAACCCAGAAAAUGGAAGGAAAACUCAGCUCACCUGGACACGACUCCCACAAGGAUACAAGAACAGUCCAACACUAUUUGGAAGUCAGCUGGCGAAGGAGCUGGAGAUUUGGACUGAGAAUGGGCAAGUACCGAGAGAACAAUACCUGCUGUUACAGUAUGUUGAUGAUAUACUGAUAGCUACGGAAGAAAAAGCAACCUGCAUAAAGGUAAUGAUUGAAAUUCUAAAUCAGCUGGGAAUGGGAGGAUAUAAGGUGAAAGGAAAGGCACAAAUUGGCCAACAGACUGUGAUUUACCUGGGAUGUGAAAUCUCACAAGGGCAACGUAAGCUGGGUACUAAUCAUAUUCAAGCUAUUUGUGCCAUUCCAGAACCCCGGAACCUAUAUGAGCUACAAGUUUUCAUUGGGAUGACAGGGUGGUGUCGCCUGUGGAUCAUGGACUAUGGACUAAUUGCAAAACCCCUGUAUGAAGCCCAGAAGACGCAGCUGUUUACCUGGGGCAAACCACAGAAGGAGGCCUUCCUCAAACUGAAGAAAGCAUUGACAACGGCUCCGGCGUUAGGAUUGCCUGAUUUAUCCAAAGACUUUCAGCUGUUUGUGCAUGAAAGAUCACACCUAGCUCUGGGAGUACUAACCCAGCGUUUAGGAAGAUGGAAAAGGCCGGUAGGCUACUUCUCCAAACAACUUGACAACGUGAGUGCUGGAUGGCCCUCAUGCCUAUGAGCAGUUGCAGCCACUGUGAUGCUGAUACAAGAAGCUAGGAAACUCACGAUGGGUAGACACAUAGAUGUCUAUGUACCACAUAUGGUAACCACUGUUUUAGAACAAAAGGGGGGCCAUUGGCUAUCUCCAAGCAGGAUGAUGAAAUUCCAGGUAAUCCUGACUGAGCAGGAUGAUGUCACAUUAAAGACAACUAACCUUUUGAAUCCAGCCUUGUUUUUAGGUACAACGACUGAAGAAGGCCCAUUAGAACAUGAUUGUGUGGAAGUGAUAGAACACACCUGUUCAGCUAGAGCAGAUUUGAAAGACGUCCCACUGGAACAGGCAGACUGGGAGCUGUUUACAGAAGGAAGCAGUUUUGUGGAGAACGGGACCAGAUACGCUGGAUAUGCAGUAACAACAAUACGUGCAGUGGUAGAGGCAAAGGCCUUGCCAGCAAACACAUCUUUCCAAAGAGCAGAACUGGUUGCCUUAACCAGGGCGUUAGAGCUGAGUGAAGGGAAGAAAGUAAAUAUCUGGACUGAUUCAAAAUAUGCUUUUGGAGUGGUGCAUGUACACGGGGCAUUGUGGAAAGAAAGAGGACUGCUGUCUUCCCAAGGAACACACAUUAAACAUCAAGAUGCAGUCCUACAAUUGAUAAAAGCAGUGCAAAAGCCGGAGCAAGUGGCAAUUAUGCACUGCAAAGCACACCAAUCAGGAAAUUCCAAGAUUUGUGAAGGGAAUCGAAAGGCAGACUGGACAGCACGACAGGCUGCCCGGAAAAUGCAAACAGCAAUGGCAUUGAUACCUUUAAAUGUUAAUGUAUCUCAAUUCAGUUUGCCUCCAAAACGCAAAUAUUCAGUAGAAGAUGAGAAAUUGGGACGUUUGCUAAAUGCACAAAAGAAUUCAGAAGGAUGGUAUGUAACUGCACAAGGACAAAUAGUGUUACCCCCCUUGAUAAUGAGAGAAGUUCUACAAAUUAAACAUAAUGAAUGUCAUUGGGGUGCAGAGGCAUUGGUAAAACUGCUAAAACAAAAGUUAAUCUCAGUACAGAUGCUAACAAUGGCAAAAUCAGUAAUGUCAAAAUGUGAGAUCUGCUUGAAAAACAACCCGGUGGCUAGACGCCAAGCACAGCUAGGGAGAGUCAGGAUGGGAAUAGAACCAGGAGACUACUGGCAGGUAGAUUUUGUAGAACUGCCAAGGACUCGGGGAUACAAAUAUCUGUUGGUAGGGGUUGACACAUUUUCAGGAUGGCCAGAAGCCCUUCCCUGUCACACAAAUCAAGCAAAGGAAAUGGUUAAGUGGUUAUUACAGGAGAUCAUUCCCAGGUUUGGGGUACCCUUAGGGAUAUUAUCAGAUAGGGGGCCUCAUUUUAUAGCAACAAUAGUAAAAGAAAUAAGUAGAUGGCUGGGAAUAACCUGGGACCUCCACACGCCAUGGAGAUCCCAAUCAAGUGGACAGGUAGAGAAAAUGAAUCAAACACUAAAGAGGCAAAUCAGUAAAAUAUGCCAAGAAGCCUAA